AUGAUCUCAAGGGAGGUAGGUUGGCAGCGUUGCAGGUCCCUAUUAACGAAGCGCCCGCGACGAAAGGAGGAGAAGGGGCUUGCGACAGGGGAUGGCAGUGACGCUCUGAAGGUUUUAGACGGCGUGGAGGUAUUUGAUCGACCGACGACAGCCAAGUCGGUCGCGAGCCAAAAGAGCGGCUCGGUCCCCCCCCCUGCGGCAACAAACCGCCGAGGAGGAGCAAAUCCUGCUGCUGCUGCUGCGGUCACCGCUGAGGGAGCGCCCAUGUCGGACGCGGGCGCAGCGAUGGGUAGGAGCGAUAAUAGCGGUAGGGGGGGGGUAGCAGCACCAGGAGCAGCAGUCGAGUCUGCUGCUGGCACGACAGGCGAACAAGCUGUUCAACGUCAGGGAGACCGACCGGUGGCGGUGGUGAGGCACAAGAGCAAGACGAAGAAAGAGGUUGGCUCCCCGGAGCCAGUCUAUUUGCAAGAUAUCGACUUCGCGACGGCAGGGGGGGUGGCCACGGCGGCAGACGUGCUCGUCAAGCAGGCGCGCAACCGAGUGCGCAUCAACCGUCUCAAGGAGGGCCAGGCCAAGGGCCGACACACCGAGCCGGACGAGAAGGGAGACGAGAAAAGGCUCAAGCUCACAAUCCGGAUGAUGCUGGGCGUCAGGGUGGCGGUGGGGCGACAGUCCAACCCGCUCGACCAGCCCGGAGCGGAAAUUUCGGAGGAGGCGUUUUCACAGGUGGACAAGUACACCUUUCCCCCGGCAGGGGCGACGGGAAGGAUGGCAACGCCCUCCCACAAGCUUAACAAGACGUUUAAGUUCAGGGACUACGCGCCGAAGGCCUUCAAGAAGCUCAGGCAGCACUUCGGCAUCGAGGAGUCAGCGUACAUGCUCUCCGUGGCCGGCAACUACGACUACCUGGAGCUGAUCACCAACUCCAAGUCGGGCAGCUUCUUCUUCUACUCUCACGACCAGAAGUACAUCAUCAAGGCUAUGAAGCGUGCGGAGGCGAAGUUUUUCCGCAAGAUCCUGCCCAAGUACUACGCACACCACCUCGCCCACCCCGGGUCGUUCCUCAUCCGCUUCUGCGGGAUGUAUCUGGUCAAGAAUGGCCACAAGAAAAUUCCGUUCAUCGUCAUGAAGUGCGUGGAGGGGGACACGAACAAGACGAUACAUUCCAAGUACGACCUCAAGGGGAGCAGCCUGGGUCGUUCGGCCAAGGAAGGGGAGAAGGUCCUCAAGGAUAACGACCUAGACGUCAAGUACGGGAAGAUACACCUCGGCUCCCAGAAGGCCGCGUUUGUCGAGGCCGCGAAAGCUGACGCAGAGUUCCUGUGCAGCGUGAACGUGAUGGACUACUCGAUGCUGACGUGCAUACACGACUCGUCAAGACCGCCGGACGAGGAGGCCGUUCGACGCGAUUCCAUCGAGCCCCGUUACUCUACUUUUUACACCUUCGCCGACGAGGCUAAGGACCGGACGACGCCCGAGUUCGAGAGGAUUCCGAGUUCGGGGGAUGCUUCGGCUCCCGCUGGGGCUACCGCUUCGAGAGAGGCGCAGGAGGGGAGGGGGGAUGCGGGGGCGGCGACGGCGGCGGCUGGAGGGGACGAUACAUUGAGACAAAACGGGGCAGCGCGAGAUGAGGACGAACCCCCCCCGUUGGGGCCCGGGGGGGAAUCGGUCGUCCGGUACCGAGCAGACGGAGGCAUCAAGUCCGAGGUUGACGGGGGGGCUCCGGGAAAGGACAUCUACUAUCUGGGCAUCAUCGACAUCUUGCAGCAAUACAACACUCGCAAGCACGCCGAGACGUUCUGGAAGGGGCUGACCCACGACCGCUAUGAGGUAUCCUGCGUCGACCCGAAGCUCUACUGCGAGCGAUUCGUCGAUUUCUUGGACCACCACAUGGAGUAGACACGUGAACACUUUUGGUAACAACACCGCGGACAAAUAAUAACGAGUAUUCUAAGGUUAAAGUAUGUAGCAGCAAGCGGUUGUUGCUUGUUUGGUUUACGUAUUUAUUUUAGUUACACAGCAGUCAUCCAGCCCGCUUUUGCUUGGAUUGUGGUCGGUUGAGGAUUGUAUCACUACUUUCUGCUGGUGUCCUGUGCAAUCGAUCUUCUUGUGACUGUUCUCGUCUUCGGCGUCCUCAAGUUUUUGGUACCAGUAACGUAAAGCUUCUGGUCGCCGGUUCUGGCGUCUGCUCAGCGUCCUCUUGGGCACUCA